CCAGCUGUGCGGAUUUUCUUCGUGGAAUGGCUUCUUUAACAGGCCUUUUAACUUCAUAUUUCACGAGACAGAUAACGUCAUCUUACAGAGUAUUGUUGAUGUACUUUGAUGGUACUUUCUGCAAGUUAUAGAUGGCUAGAUGGAAGCCAACCUGCCUGCAUCUUCCUGCAUCAUGGCAUAUCAACCUCCGUCUCACCACCAGCAACGUACGACGCACCGCCUGCCUCUUCUUUGCAUUAACUCUCAUUGGACUCAUCCUCAUCUUCUACCUAGAGGUUGAGAUGACCCCGGUCAUGCACGACCCCUUGAACGACCUCAUUAAUAAAUAUGAACUUCUAGAGGUCACCGAUACAAAAGAUGAGAAUUUGUACUAUGGGGUGGUCAUUGAUGCAGGGAGUAGUGGAACCAGGGUAUAUGUGUACUUUUGGCCGAGGCAUAUCGGGGACACCAAUAGACUGCUGCGGAUCCAUCAGAUGCGAGACAAACGUAGGAAACCAGUCGUCAUGAAGAUAAAACCAGGUCUUGCCACACUGGCCAGUUCUCCAUCAGAAGCCAGUGAUUACCUGAAGCCACUGUUAGACUAUGCAGCAAGUCACAUCCCUAGCGCUAAGCAUCCAGAGUCACCUCUCUACAUACUGGCAACGGCUGGCAUGAGAAUGCUACCCCUCAGCCAGCAAGAAGCCAUUCUACAAGACCUGAAGACCGACAUUCCCAAGGACUACAACUUUCUGUUUUCGGACACGCAGGUGGAGGUGAUCAGCGGCAAACAGGAGGGAGUGUAUGCCUGGAUUGGCAUCAACUACGUGCUGGGAAGAUUUGACCAUGCUAAUGAUAAUGACGCCAUGGUUGAAGUUGACGUUGCUGGAGAGAAUGGACCGGUUUCUGUUCUGCGUACACGCACCGUCGGCAUUCUAGAUAUGGGAGGUGGCUCGGCACAAAUCGCUUUCGAAGUCCCGCACACCGUAAGCUUCGACGGGUCAGACCCUCAGGAGGAUGUAGCCAAAGGCAUGCUGGCUGAGUUCAACCUCGGUUGCGAUGUGCACAAGACUGAGCAUUUAUAUCGUGUGUACGUCACCACAUUCCUGGGAUACGGAGGAAACGCUGCUAGAACGCGUUACGAAAAAGCUCUCGUAAACACCACAUUCAGCAAUACAAAAAGUACUGCCAAUCCUCCGGGUUUAAAAGAAGAUUCCCCUUACCUGGACCCUUGCCUACCAGUCCAUAUGCAAGACAAAAUCACCCACGGCGGCCACACAAUCUACAUGAAAGGAACCGGUGAUUAUAAACAAUGUCAAUCUUCCCUGGUCCCCCUCAUGAAUCUGACGGUUCCCUGCCCCAAGCAGCCGUGUUCGUUCAACGGUGUCUUCCAGCCCGAGAUUGAGUUCCGAAACAGUGAGUUUUACGGCUUCUCCGAGUAUUGGUACUGCAUGGAGGACGUGCUUCGCAUGGGAGGAAUGUAUGAGUACGUCAAGUUUGAAAAGGCCGCAAAGGAUUAUUGUGCAACACGGUGGUCACUAAUCCAGGAGCAUCAAGAUAAAGGAUUAUACACCAAAGCAGAUGCACACAGAUUAAAGUACCAGUGCUUUAAGUCGGCCUGGAUCACCACAGUCCUUCAUAAAGGCUUCGGAUUUCCUGAGAAUUAUAAAUACCUGCGCACUGCCAGCCUUAUACAAGACAAAGAGGUGCAGUGGACAUUGGGUGCCAUACUUCACAGGACACGAUUCUUCCCACUCAGGGAGAUCCAGCUGGGCGUGUUUCAGAAGCAGGUCCCUCCUCCUUGGGUCCACGCCUCCCAAGUCUCCAAUCAGUACAUCCUCAUCAGCUGCUUCGUCGUCGUCUGUAUCUUCAUCUUCUUGUACCUCCGCUGGUUGAGGGUCCUGGGACCCAGACCGCUACCGAGGGUCCCGACUAUGGCCUACUUCAUGACGGAUGAGGGGCAAAUCCAAGAAGGGAUACAGGAAACUGGUGCAGUUCUGCUCAGUUAACGGUAGGAUCACCCCUCAUGGGUAACAUGAAAUCGCCCAACUUAAAUGCACUUGGAGAAUAUUUACAGAAUAUAUACAAAUCAUGGUUUAUUUUAUUAAUAAAGGAUUUGUUGUGAAAAUGCUUUUGGAAAUUUAUUUUGUAUUAUGUUUUGUUUUAAUUGUAUCAAAGAAUUUAUGUUUUUGGUUUUUGUUUGAUUUUUAUUUUGUGAGGAGGGGGUGGCUUUGUACUUGUUUUGUUCAGUUUUAUUUAUAAUUCCAUAUCAUUCCUAUAUCUGUCAGUUUUUUGCUUUGUUUGUAAGGAGUUAAUCAAGAACAAAAUGUUUUUGUUGUCUUGGAUUGAAUAUCAAGACAAUCAGUAGUUUCUGUCCUAUUCCUAUUGCACAAAGUGCAAUUCCAUAAAAAACCAAAAAUGUAUUCAAAUGACAUGUUGAAGCUUCCCAUUUGCGCCUUAAUCCUAAGAUUCCUCUCUACCCCAAGUCAGUAGUUUCAUUAAAAAAACCUAGGAUUUGCAGUAUCUCUUGUACUGUACAGCAUAGUCAAGACAAGAUUACUUUUAGUAACUUGGGGCUGAAAGAGUCCCAAUUUUGUUUCAUUGCAUGGGAUAUGCCAUUGGUUUCCAACAUAAUUGCUGGAGAUCGGUAACAAAAAAAAUCCCAAGCUAUUUUGGCUAUGAGCUAUGGAGAGUUGGGGGAGACCACUGGCAGAGACAUUCCAACGCAUUGCUAAAUCACGCUUGACACUCGACGCUCACGCAAAGACGCACGCUAUACGGGGCUCUUGAAAGUUGUCAAAUAACGCCCUCUCUUGUUCGCGCAUGGAGCCCAUUGUCACCAUGCACAGGCAGACUCAUUGACACAUGUCUAUACACCUGGUUUUACUGGGUUGUGUACAUUUACAAUAAAUUUAGUCUUUAUUUUAAACUUGAACAAAGAAAUUGACUGGAGCAGGGUUUUGAACCUGCAACCUGUGGUUGUCCAUUUUUGACGAUGUCUUUUAAGGGGUGCUGGUCAAAAGUCAUAAACCUGUAUGCCAUGUAGUCCGGGAUCAUGCCCAAAGUCGCGAUGCUAGCAAUAUUGACAAUACUGCAAACCUGGGAAAUAACAAACGGGGAUCUUGACGUCAUAGGUACGAGAACCAGCACUCACAUGCAGCGUGUCCUGCAUAGAGAGCUCUCAUCACAAGUGCUACUGCACACGGUUCAGUCCAAGGCAUUGUAAGCCUUGACCAAAAAUCAGGAAGCAUCACCGUCCGCUUGCAGGGAAUUUUAAUGAAGACACCUCUACUUAAACUCAGAACACUAUUUGGUCGCCGGCAAAAACUAAGGAUGGAUUGUGUUCUGUGUAUGGGAACACAUAUUAAGCAUACAGUAUUGUUACACGAAUAUUUAUCAGUAUUUAAAUGUUUGAAAAAAUAUAUUAUCAUGUUACUACAAAAUUGCAUCAUGCAUACUUAAACAUUUUUUUGAAUGCAUGUUAUGCAAAUCUUUCACAAUUAAUAAAUAUUUUAUUUCCAGGGAAUUUGUAAGUCAAGUGUGUCCUGGGUUGAUAUGGGUCAUAAUUAUGCCAGCUUUUCAUUCUUUAUGGGCUUAGCCUUGGUCAAGGCGCUCGUCGUUUCUAUCCGCAGCGGUCGCUAUAUCUCGCUAGCUUGUAUAUGUUCAUGCAUAGCGCGCAAUGCAAAAAUUCAGCGCGAACAGGGACCUCAUGUGGCCAAGAGUUAUUAUGCAAAUAAGUUGGAACUCGUUAUAAGUCUCAUGUAGAUGGUGUUGUCCAUAGCACCACUGCUAAUCAUUGUGAUGUAAUACAACUGCCUCAACAUAAACUGCAAGUUGACUGAAUGUUUGUCAUAAAAAAGGCCACAAAGUGCAUUUUCAAAUGGGACAAACACAAUUUACUUUCUUAUUGCGACUUUUUAGGUUUUUCUUGUCAGCGAACUUUAGUUCUUUUGUUCCUUUGCUUUUCCUUCAUAAACUACAAUCUUUUUCUGAUUUUCAGAAUCAAAAUGUGCAUGUAAGUGGUCUGGGUACAUAUAUUUAAGCUAUUUUGGGAAAGUAAUUUCAAAUGUGUAAAAUAAAUAAAUUUUAAAAGAU